CCACACGGCAGGUCCCUCUUUCAAGUACCCUCCUUUAACGACGCCUUGGUGGGCAUUUGCUUUGUUCUUAUGUUUCGCAGUCUCCGUCGUCGGAAGAGGACAGAGACGAGACCGGAGUCCCCAUCUAGACGGACGGGCUGCUCCUUGCCCGAUGCAAUUGAGUGCGAAUGCCAACCCUCGUCUGCUCGUGCCGAGACGGCUCCGGCCUUCAUUAACCACGACGGAUCGGACAUUGAUAGAGAAAUGGGGCCCAUGGCAUGUAUUGGUAGACAGCAGUGCCGUUCCUGUAUUGGCCCGCAGUCAGUUCGAUGUACGGAUACUGUACUCCGUAAACAUAGACAUACAUACAGUACAAUGCAUCCCAUGCAGGAAGAGGCAGGCUCACAUCUGCAACCUGAGACUCUGCCGGGACCGACGUCUCUUGUCCUGGCAGGCUGGGCAUGUGCAACGCUCGCUUUUGACGUUCUGGCGGGCGGGUGAUGAUUGUGAUCCUAUUGCAAAUGCCAAUGCAACGGCAACCGGGCAUCUUGACGAUCGACCAGGGCCUCUUUUUGGGGUGGCCAGUGAGGGAUGGAAGAGUCGGCACAUCAGCCCCCUCUCCCAAGACCUCUGAAGCCAAGACGAGGCAAUGUGCAGGGGAGCGAGCAUCGGUCUUCACCUUGCGUCGCGCAUCACUCGAGCUUACACUAGGUAGCCCGCCGAUGAUUCGUAGGGACGGGAAGUUAGAAAAAAA